AUGGUGUCUGCGUCACGGUUGGCUUUCGACAUUGGGCCGGACGACGGGUAUGCCGGCGUUGUGUUCGUCAAGGGCAGCUGCUCCCGUCUCGAUGUCAUUCGUCUCGCACGCGACAUGAAGCGCGGCAUCCAUCUUGCCAAGGACCACAAGCGGUGCAAAGUGUACCGCACCCGCGAGUUCAAGAUCACACCGACCAAAGCCCGCUCCCCCUUCAACAUUGACGGUGACCCGCACGACCACGGUCCUGUGCACGUGCGCGUGCUGCACCAGGCCCUCAACAUGUUCACCCUGCCGGAGCGUGGCGAGACGCUGGCAGAGCACGUCGCACACACGGGCAUGGCACUGCCUGUCGUGAUGGCUGGUGUGAAGGUGAACCAGCUCAACUCGAAGCAGGGACGCAAGUCUGCACCAGACCACGAGGCCAAGGGCGUCUCCGCGCUCGCCACCGCCAUGUUUGAGACCGGUCACGACGGAGCAGGCAGCAAGUAGCCGCACACGCGUCUGUGUGUGUGUGUGUCUGUGUCUGUGUCUGUGUGUGUGUGUGUGUGUGUGUGUGUGUGUGGUUGUACUGUGUCUCUGUGUGUGUGUCUGUGUUGUACUCUGUAUUUGCUGUGUGGUCAUCACAUUUUGUCAUUACCUUACGUCCCAUAUUGCGACUUCUCCGUUGUUGUCCUUUCCUGACCUACGUUAGCGCUGCACUGUCCCCAGUGCUCCCAUGCUUGUCCCUCUUGGUUUUCUUCGUCGCCUGAGUUCCUUUCGCUUUUUCGUGCUUGUGUUCUGGUGCUUGCUUCAUAACCGCUGUUACAUUCAGUUUGUUGGUCUUGACUCGUUUGUACACGUCUCAUCUCAACACAAACACUGCAGUGCGCCCGAGAGAGCGACAGCGACAGAG